AUGCUAGAGAACGGUACUAGUACCGACUACAUCUUCUUCUUUCCGGACGCUAGCCGUCUCGGACCCCGCCGUACCUCUAAGGACGCUCCGCCCGCUCUAGUCCUAGCCGUCUAG